AUGGUCCCCAAAUUGGAGCUCCUGAUCGUAGAUUUAGCGGCCAAGAUACAGAAAAAGAACAUCAAGCUUUUUGCAAUGACUGACUCCAGAAGUGGUAAUGUAAUCCAUUUAGCUGCUUACACGAAUCAGACUGAAGUAUUCGAACUCUUGCCACCAGAAACUGAAUACUUGGCCCGAGCACAGGAUAUGAAUGGGGAUCUUCCCAUUUAUAUUGUGAGCAAGAUCGGUUAUGUUGAACUGAUCGAGAAGCUAUAUCCUAUAUCAGAGUUCCUAAACGGACGAGGACAAACUGUUCUUCAUGCCGCAGCAAAAUAUGGACAAGCUUCGGCAGUGAAAUAUAUACUCAGACAUCCGGAACUGCAAAUGCUGAUAAGCGAUAGAUAUUAUGCUGGAAAUACAGCUUUGCACUUGGCCGCGAUUCAUUCACAACCCGUGGCUUUGAUUCCUCUUGUGCUGGAUAAAAGAAUCAACCUCUUCGUUCGUAAGCAUGAAUGCUUGACUGCUCUUGACAUUGCUCAAUAUCGCAUCAGAAGGGAGUAUACGCUGCGUAAGCAAUUGACAGUCACGGUGUUGAAAUCCACGUCAUUUGGGAAAGGUUCAGCUCUGGUUUCGCAGUUCCUGAAGGAUUUAACGGCUCGGACAUGGCCUCCAAAGAUGACCAGGGGCAUGGCUACGAUGCUGGACAAGAAAAUGUUCCAGGCCUUUGUGAUUUGCAGCACCAUCGCGAUGUUCUGCUCAAUGAUUGCGGCAGUCAACCUCAUCUGUGCACAGCAAAACAACGUCUACAUGGCAAUAGCUGCAUACCAGCACACGAUACUGUCGCUAAAAAUUGCAAUCCCGGUGAUGUGCCAAAUCGUUAAGAGUACCCUCCAGUCCUUCGGAGCCAUAGUCGUCCUAUCCGUCGUCUGA